AUGGGCAAUCACGGUGUACCGGCAUGGGAGGAGAUCAGCCUGGAUGAGUUCAAGGACGCGCUUCAGAGAUAUUCACCCUUAAUCGAAGACGUGUCCAAGUCCAGAGGCGCCAAGGGAGGUCAGAAGACUCUGGCGGAAUUAGACCGGUACAGAUACGUUGAUGCUCCUCAGUCCUUCAGUCUGCAGAGUGCUGGCAAAGUAAUGGGACUUGAUGAUGUCAAAAGUCUAGUCGAGUGGAAGCUACGACAUGGCAAAUUCCGGCCAACGCUUAUGAAGCUCGUUUCAUCAAAUGAUUCGUCUUUUGUUCAAGAUACUAUCAAGCAAGCUAGGAUAAGCUACCAAAAGGACAAGGAUGUUUCCGCAGCUCUCGCUAUAUUAACCAAGCUCAAGGGCAUAGGUCCGGCAACAGCCUCCCUUCUUCUUGCAAUCCUCGAUCCUGAGCAUGUACCCUUCUUUGGAGAUGAAGUUUUCUAUUGGCUCUGCUGCGAUGGCAAGGUCUUGCCUAUCAAGUACAACGCUAAGGAAUACAAGGAAUUGAACGAACACUCGAGGAAGCUUGCGAAGCGUCUUGGAGUAAAGGCGAUUGACAUCGAGCAGGUCGCAUAUGUCCUGAUGAAGCAGCCGGGUGAAACACCGGUCAAGGACGAAGCGCCGAAAGAAAAGGACACGAAGGCAGCAGGUCACAAGGCGACGGCCAAACCUGCCAGCAAAUCUCAGGCCGCAGUGCCAGCAAAGACGGCGGCAAAGAGGAAACAGAGAUCCGAAGACGACACGGAUCAAGAGCCUUCUGUGCGACGGUCACGACGAGGACAGCGUGUCUGA